CCUCAGGAGGAGUUCUAUGGGAAGGAGCUGCUCCUGGCGGACCGGGAUCUGGUCGAGCAGGGAGCUGAUGACAUCCUGAAGGACGCUGAUGUCACUGACGUGGCGUUCCUGGUGGUGGGCGACCCGUUUGGAGCGACCACCCACAGUGACCUGGUCCUCAGAGCAGUGAAUGCUGGGAUACCGUACAGAGUCAUCCAUAACGCCUCGGUCCUGAACGCCGUGGGCUGCUGCGGCCUGCAGUUGUAUAACUUCGGGGAAACGGUGUCGUUGGUGUUCUGGACGGACUCGUGGAGACCCGAGAGCUUCUACGACAAAAUCUGUAAAAACAGAAACGCUGGACUACACACACUCUGUCUGCUGGACAUCAAAGUCAAAGAGCAGAGUGUGGAGAACAUGAUGAGGGGGAAGAAGAUCUACGAGCCGCCUCGCUUCAUGACGGUCGCUCAGGCCGCCGAUCAGCUGAUCCAGAUCAUCGAGAGGAGGAGGGGUGAGGGGGCGGAGCUCGGUGUGACGGAAGACACGGUGUGCGUGGGCGUGGCCAGGCUCGGCGCUGAAGACCAGGUGAUCCGCACCGCAACGUUACGGCAGCUGGUGUCAUGUGACCUCGGCGGUCCACUCCAUUCGCUGGUCGUCACCGGUCGACUCCACCCGCUGGAGGUGGACAUGCUGCGAGUGAACGAAGAACCAAACGCACUGACGCACCUGCACAUGGUCGACAGCUCCACCUACUGCUCCUAACACCUGUCACAAACCGGGCCGGGUCAGAAUCUUCAGAGACAUCCUCAAAGACUGUUUGUUUGGUGAACACUGAUCUGUGGAAACAUUGAAUUCUGGGAAAGUGUCUGCUGUGAUGUCAUCAAUAAAAAUGAGAUCAAUGA